AUGCUCCUGAGGGAACUGCCCCUCGCUGCCUUUGUAUGCCCGACGUGUGGGCACAAGCGCCACAACAAACGCGAACCCACAAGACACCGCAUGGGCAGGCAUGGGUUUAGGCCGAAGACUGCGAAACAAAGCCAAAAUGGCCAGUGUGAAGAGACGGGGCUGCACUUACAAAGCUUCCCCGCUUUAAAAAGCCCCCGGUGCAACUUUGGGGUGGACAUGGCAACGGGGCAAAGCUAUACUUCACGAGAACUUAUGCCAAGUAUCUUCUUGCAGUGGAAAGGCUUUGCCCUUAACGACCCCCACCGCAGGAAAUGGCGGCCGCCGCAGGGGAUGGGGGGCGGCCCAUUCCCCCAUCUAAAUUUCGGUAGUUUAUAG